CAUGCAGGUAAACAAUGUGAUAAUUCCUUUACAUAUACUAGUUCCUUACAGUUACAUGAAAAAACUUAUACUGGAGAAAAACCCUAUGAAUGUAAACAAUGUGGGAAGGCCUUUACAGAUCACAGCAAUCUUCAAAGACAUGAAAAAAUUCAUACCGGAGAAAAACCCUAUGAAUGUAAAGAAUGUGGUAAAGCCUUUAUAUGUAAGAGAGAUCUUCAUGUACAUGAAAAAAUUCAUACUGGAGAAAAACCAUAUGACUGUAAACAAUGUGGUAAAGCCUUUAGAUGUCACAGAUCUCUUCAGUUACAUGAAAAAAUUCAUACCGGAGAAAAACCAUAUGAAUGUAAACAAUGUGGGAAGGCCUUUACAGAUCACAGCAAUCUUCAAAGACAUGAAAAAAUUCAUACCAGAGAAAAACCCUAUGAAUGUAAAGAAUGUGGUAAAGCCUUUAGAUAUAAUAGUGAUCUUCAAAGACAUGAAAAAACGCACACUGGAGAGAAACCCUAUGCAUGUGAACAAUGUGGUAAAGCCUUUAGAUGGCACAGAUCUCUUCAGUUACAUGAAAAAAUUCAUACUGGAGAGAAACCAUAUGCAUGUAAACAAUGUGGUAAGGCCUAUAGACAACACAGUUACCUGCAAUUUCAUGAACAAAUUCAUACUGGAGAGAAACCCUAUGAAUGUAAAGAAUGUGGUAAAGCCUUUAGGUAUAAGAGUCAUCUUCAAAGACAUGAAAAAACACACACUGGAGAGAAACCCUAUGCAUGUAAAGAAUGUGGUAAAGCCUUUAGGUAUAAGAGUCAUCUUCAAAGACAUGAAAAAACACACACUGGAGAGAAACCCUAUGCAUGUAAAGAAUGUGGUAAAGCCUUUAGGUAUAAGAGUCAUCUUCAAAGACAUGAAAAAACACACACUGGAGAGAAACCCUAUGCAUGUAAAGAAUGUGGUAAAGCCUUUAGGUAUAAGAGUCAUCUUCAAAGACAUGAAAAAACACACACUGGAGAGAAACCCUAUGCAUGUAAAGAAUGUGGUAAAGCCUUUAGGUAUAAGAGUCAUCUUCAAAGACAUGAAAAAACACACACUGGAGAGAAACCCUAUGCAUGUAAAGAAUGUGGUAAAGCCUUUAGGUAUAAGAGUCAUCUUCAAAGACAUGAAAAAACACACACUGGAGAGAAACCAUAUGCAUGUAAAGAAUGUGGUAAGGCCUUUACACUAUACAGUCGCCUGCAAGUUCAUGAGAAAAUUCACACUAGAGAAAAACCAUAUGCAUGUAAACAAUGUGGUAAAGCAUUUAGAUGGCACGGUUAUCUUCAGUUACAUGAAAAAGUUCAUACUGGAGAGAAACCUUAUGCAUGUAAACAAUGUGGUAAGGCCUUUAGAUCCAAUAGUGAUCGUCAAAGACAUGACAAAACUCAUACUGGAGAGAAACCUUAUGCAUGUAUACAAUGUGGUAAAGCCUUUAGGUACAAGAGUCAUCUUCAAAGACAUGAAAAAACACACACUGGAGAGAAACCCUAUGCAUGUAAAGAAUGUGGUAAAGCCUUCACACGAUACAGUUACCUGCAAGUACAUCAGAAAAUUCACACUAGAGAAAAGCCAUAUGAAUGUAAACAAUGUGGCAAAGCAUUUAGAUGGCAUGGUUAUCUUCAGUUACAUGAAAAAAUUCAUACUGGAGAGAAACCCUAUGCAUGUAAACAAUGUGGUCAAGCCUUUAGAUGGCACAGAUAUCUUCAAUUACAUGAAAAAACACACUGGAGAGAAACCUUAUGCGUGUAAACAAUGUGGUAAGGCCUUCACACAAUACAGUUACCUGCAAGUACAUGAGAAAAUUCACACUGGAGAAAAACCAUAUGAAUGUAAACAAUGUGGUAAAGCCUUCAGACAAUACAGUCGCCUGCAAAUUCAU